AUGCCCUUACGGUGCGACACUGUUGGGUCUUCCAUUAGUUUCAUAGUCAGCGAAUUCGAAACUCUUUGGAUGGGUUUGAUCGUGGUAGCUGUUGCAGUUGCAUAUGCCCUUGCAGAUUUGCCUCCAUCCUAUGAAUCCCCUGCACCAUCCUAUCACACUCCAGCUCCUGUGGGUCCGGCUCAGUACAACUUCAACUAUGCCGUGAAGGACGACUACUCCAAAAACGACUUCGGCCAUCAGGAGGCUCGAGAUGGCUUUGAUACCAAAGGAACCUACUACUUCCAGCUUCCUAAUGGCCGUCUGCAGAAGGUGCCUUACUAUGCCAACGGUGACUCUGGAUACGUGGCCUAG